GGGUCGCUGACGGGCCCGGGCGGGCGGGGAGGUCUCCGCGGCUAGCCCGCCGCCUUCGCUUUUGGACCAGCUCCGCCAUGGCGCCCAAAGGUGGCUCCAAGCAGCAGUCAGAGGAGGACCUGCUUCUGCAGGAUUUCAGCCGCAACCUCUCGGCCAAGUCGUCCGCGCUCUUUUUCGGGAACGCUUUCAUCGUGUCCGCCAUCCCCAUCUGGUUAUAUUGGCGAAUAUGGCAUAUGGAUCUUAUUCAGUCUGCUGUUCUGUAUAGUGUGAUGACCCUAGUAAGCACUUACUUGGUAGCCUUUGCAUACAAGAAUGUAAAAUUUGUUCUCAAACACAAAGUAGCUCAGAAGAGGGAGGAUGCUGUUUCCAAAGAAGUGACUCGGAAACUCUCAGAAGCUGAUAAUAGGAAGAUGUCUCGAAAGGAGAAGGAUGAGAGAAUCUUGUGGAAGAAGAAUGAAGUUGCCGACUAUGAAGCUACAACGUUUUCCAUCUUCUAUAAUAACACUCUGUUCCUGGUCUUGGUCAUCGUUGCCUCCUUCUUCAUUCUGAAGAACUUCAACCCCACAGUGAACUACAUUUUGUCCAUAAGUGCUUCGUCAGGACUCAUCGCCCUCCUGUCUACUGGUUCCAAGUAGACAUGUCAGCUUCGCCCCCUGGCUUUGUGUUGAUGGGUGGCCUGUGGCAUGUGGAAAAGYAGCAGGGUGGUCSGGGUGGGAGACACACAAGAUGUUUUUAUAGUCUGGAAUUUGAGGGUUUAAAAAAAUGCAACAGAAUGUAAUUGAGUGUUUGUUUAUUGGCUCUUUUUGACAGAUUGUUGAAAUUAAAUGAAUUGAAAGGGAAACUCAGAGUACCAGGACAUUUAUUAAAAGGCGAGAAGUCUUGCAAUGUGCUAUAAUCUCGAGGAGAAAAUAACUCGUUUCCUUGAUCCAUCAGAGGUCACAGUAACCUGGGCCGAACUGUUAUUAUUUAUAAUGGUAGCAAGAAGUUAAUAACUGGUUCUCUGUGUUCCAAGCACAACAUUACAACUUUUUUUGAACCAUAAAUAUCAGAAUGAAUCCUCAGGGGAUUAAACAGAAGCCUCAUGUUUAUGAGUCUCUGGACUUGUGAUUUGUAAGAACUCAAAGUUUAAAACAUGAUUUCUCCAGCUUGGAGAAGAGAAGCUUGUGGAAAAGUUUCUUUUUUUUCUUCCGUAAGAAAGGCAGCCAAGGUAGCAACCUAAGAAUAGUGUCCAGGUCCACAAGAGCUGUAAAGUGCUGCUGGGCUUGUGACCUGGCCCCGGUGGCCAGGAGUCAGCUUGACCCUACCAUGUUGGUGACCUGUGCAGCCACUGGGUCAAGGUUCUGCUAGACCAGGGUCUCAUGCCCUGGGGUUGAGGUUGAGUAAGAGGGAGGCCUGUCCUGUACAGCGUCAGGUAAGGGACCCGAGUCAUGCUUGUCACGCUUGUGAACCUGGUUCUGGAAUGCUGAGGACUCCACGAGGAGGUGACAGUGGUGAAUGCUUGUCAGCAGKUUUUCAUGAGGGCUUUCCUCGGUUUACCCGCUAGUUCACAGCUUCCUGUUGAUUGUGAUCAAAUAAUGGUCUCUUCAGGUUUUGGKGGUUUAGCUGAGAGCGGUCUCUAUUUUUUGCCAGAAUAUGUACAGAUAUUAUCAUUUUCUGUUUGUGCUAUGACUUGAAAAAGUUUGGGAAUCUCUUUAUCACUCAUGAUAUUGGUUUCAUAUAGUUAUUAGCUUUUGACUAUAUCCACUAAUUUCCUACCAGGAAUACCUCAAGGGAAAUAUAUUCCCGAUCUUCAGUGUCCACUUCUAAAUUUAAGGUGAACAUUAUCAGCUGGUUGUGAUGCACAUUCCCAGCCACUCGGGUGRCUGAGGCAGGAAGAUUUUAAGUUGGAGGCCAGACUGGGCAAUUUAGUGAGACCCUGUAAAAUUAAAAGGGAUGUAGGUAUAGCUCAAUGGUAGAGCCCUUUUAGCCUGCAUGAGGCCCUGGGUUCAGUCGUCAACACCAUCUUACUUGAGUGCUAUUGGAUGUAUGGGUGGGCUGCAUCUGGAACGUAGAGGGAAGAUGGGCAGGCCAGCUUGGCACAGUGGUCCUCCCCAUCCUCUGCGUUGAGGGUGCUCCUGGACAUUUGCAGAUCUUCAUUCUGCUGCACUAUUACCUGAGUGUUGUUGCUGGAGGGGGUGGAGUGAAUGGACAAGUCGGAAGACAUUUGCCACAGGAUUAGGUGACACAUAAGAGGCUCAUUUUUAUUGUUCUCUCAUUUUACUCUAAGGUUGAUUAAAAAGCAGUCAGAGUGUGUUAAAAAGCAGUCAGAGUGUGGGGCACGGAGUCUUGAGUACCACUCCAUCUGCUUGCUUGGCCAAAGGAGUCUUCGGAAACCAGAGCUGCACACACUUUUCAGGUGGGGCAAAAACCUACCUCUAGAGGGCAGUGUCUGUGUUGUGGGGACAGUUGCCACCUUUCCUGCUGCCUAGCUGAGAGGGCUGGGRGAACAGGACUCAGCCCAGUUUCUUAAGACUCUUGGAUUAAUGAGUCAAAAAUGUGUGGUAUAGCAAGCAMACGAGACUCUCUUCCGUCCCAAAUGCCCUCAUAGCAGCCUUUGUAUCUAGUUGUGAUGACGUUUGCUGACUUUCCAUACUGUUUGAUGAGUUUCUGUGCCCAGAUGACAUAUUCAUACUUGAGCUGGUCCAUCAAGGAUUUACUGACCUAGCACUUUUGGGAAAUGCAGAGCCUUUCGUUGUCAAAAAGAGCUGUGUGGCAAUUGGAAUUGUGAUGUGCUAAAUCAUAUUUAAAUAGUAAAACCUGCUGCAGAAUUUUUAUCUUAAAAAACCUCUGUAUCAACACCAGUAGAAUAAAAGGGUUUCUGCUGUAAUUGGGAUUCAAAGUAAUUAUAUUCUGUUUUUUUACACUUGUGAUAGGUAAAACUUAAGAUUGUUAAACAUUUUUAUUUCCCUAUUUUUAGUUUCAUCAUUUACAACAAUAAAAAUUGUGGAUUGCAAUUUGA